AUGGCCGCGUCAUCCGCCGCGACCUCAGGGAUCCCAGCGACGCAGCGCGCAGCUACAGUGCUCGCAUACGAGGGGCCGAAGCGCCUCGCGGACAACUUGCGGCUCGUAACAGACAAGCCCGUCCCUAGCCUCGGCCCGAACCAGGUUCUGGUUCGGAUGCAGCUUCGGCCCGUGAAUCCCGCGGACGGCCUCUGCGCCAUGGGCUACUAUCCGGGAUUCGCGCCAGCAAGCGCGCUCCCCGCAACUCUCGGGCUGGAGGGCAUGGGAGUCGUGGCGGCGCUGGGCGAAGCGGUAGCGCAAUCGGCGCCGGAUCUGGCGGUGGGGCGGCGCGUGGUGCCGCUGCUGGCGCUGGGCGCGCUUGAGGCGGGCAGCGGCGCGUGGCAGGAGUACGUGGCGGUGGACGCGGCGCAUGUGGCGGCGGUGCCCGCGGGGGUGCGCGACGAGGACGCGGCGCAGGUGGCGGUGAAUCCGCUGACGGUGCUGGGCAUGCUCAACCAACUGAACGUUCCCAAAGGCGAGUAUGUGGUGCAGACGCAGGCGGGGUCGACGCUGGGGCGCAUGCUCAUCCAGGUGGCGCGCUCUCGCGGCAUCAAGACAAUCAACGUCGUGCGCCGCGCCGCCCAGGCCGCCGAGCUCAAGGCGCUGGGCGGCGAUGAGGUGAUCUGCUCAACGGACGAGAGUGUGCCAGAGAGGGUGCGCGCCAUAACAGGCGGGCGAAUGGCGCAUGCAGCCGUGGAGAGCGUGGCGGGCGACCUCACGGGCGCAGUGCUCUCCUCCGUGCGUCCGGGCGGCACCGUGCUGCUCUUUGGGGGCGCCUCCGGGGCCGCCUUCUCCGCCUCCAUUGGGGACUUUAUUUUCAGGGAUGUGACACUAAAGGGCUUCUGGGUGGGUCGGUUCUUGAAGGCACUGAGCCACGAGCAGCGGCAGGCGGUGGUGAAGGAGGCCUUUGACCUGAUAGCCAACGGCACUGUCACUCCCUUCACCGGUGAUAAAAUGGACCUCGCAGAGUUUGCUGCUGCGCUCAAGAACCAGAUGGCGGAGAACCGCCAAGGGAAGAUUCUUCUCUCUGGAUAA